GCCGCUGAGAUGACGACUCCAGAAGGUGCCGGUGCAGACGGUGAGGGGGGCCCCGCGGCUCCGGCCCCCAACCUCACCAGCAACAGACGACUGCAGCAGACACAGGCACAAGUGGACGAGGUGGUGGACAUCAUGCGUGUGAACGUGGACAAAGUCCUGGAGAGGGACCAGAAGCUGUCGGAGCUGGACGACCGGGCCGACGCCCUGCAGGCCGGAGCCUCGCAGUUCGAGAGCAGCGCCGCCAAACUCAAGAACAAGUACUGGUGGAAAAACUGCAAGAUGAUGAUCAUGAUGGCAGUCAUUGGUGUAAUUUGUUUUGGAGUCGUCUUCUUGUAUUUCUUCUACUGAGCAGCUCUUCAGGGAUGGACACAGAGUUACAGGACGAGUCUGCACCGACGCCAUUGAGCCGAAACCCAGCCUCUCCUCCCGCUCUUCAUCCUCCUGCUCUUCAUCCUCCUCUUCCUCAGAAAAGCUCCAUGCUCGGUCUGUGAUGUGCUCCAGUCCAGUGCCUCCUUCUCUUCUUUUCUCUUUUCUUCUACAUACAUUUCUCCGGAGUGAAUGUAAUAUUCUUGUUUCAGGACAGUUCAAUUAUGAGUACAUUAAAAAACACGAUGUUUUUCUUCCUGGUUCUUGUAUUAUCCUCUCGACAAAAUAAAAGGAAGUCAUAUUUAUUUUAGCCAAGGGGUUUAAACACAAAAAAGAAAUGUAUUUUUAAACUUUACUGCAUGUCAUAAAUCCAUUGAACCAGGAUUUGUUCAUCUGGUACAAUAUGCCAUAUAUGGCUAAAGCUCUCUGGAUUAUAUUAUAUGAUUUUUUUCUCUCACCUACAUAAAGGGAUUUACAAAAAUGGGUCUCAGAAAGUUCGAUAGAACAUUUUUACAAGGGACAGGAAGUGUUAUGUGACUUUUUCUUCCAUUGCUUUGUCACCUGACCAUUUAUUUUGUUUGCCAGCUGUUUUGUACAGUAUUGUUCAGGAAAGCUGCCCUCUUGAUGUCAGUAUUGGUACUGCUACUGAUGUAUUUCCGUUUCAAACACAAGAACAAUUUGGAUAUAUUUUCCUCAUGCGUGUGUCCGUCCAGCCUCAGUUUGAGUUAUGUAACAGUUGUGAUGCAGCACUUCCUGUUUCUGUUGUCUCGUGAACCUGUUCUGUGUAAUUCAGCUGUGGUUCGAAUGUUUCUGCUUGAAUGCGACUCCUCUGUAUAUUUCUGAGGCUUUUUAUGAAUGAAACGGUGAGACUGUAGAUAUCAUAGAUGGAUUAUUUAAAAUGUAAAGAGAAAUAUAGAUUACAUCUGUGAGUGCUUGAGCUUUCCCACUGCGUUAGCUGAUGUUUCUGUACUGCUUAAAAAUCAAGAUUACAUUUGACAUUUAAAAAGCAGUUAUGUUGAUU